AUUUUGGCUUUAAAAACUUUGAUGCUGUCACACAAAGUUGUAUUUUGCUCCUGAGGUCCCAACCUUUCCUAUCUCAGACAUGGGUCAGUCUAAUUUAUUAAUUUUGAUGAUUGCCAUUCCUCAAAUUUUCUCUCAGCAGUCAGUGAAACAAAAGGACUGUGUGUGCGACCUACAAAAUUAUGAUCCUGUUUUCCCUGAGAACAAACUAACUAAUGUACAGACUGCUGCUGCAGAAUGCACUAAGGCCAUCACUUCAGAAAAGAAGAAUGAAAGACAUAUGGGUUUGGAAUGGCAUGAGGAUGACGGAAGUUGACAGAAUUAUGCUAGGUCUACGACAACGUAUCAAGCAACUAGAUGAAAAUGUGGUCAUCCUGGAAAAAGAGGAUGACAGAAAUCUGUAUGGGGCCAUAUCUCUGCGCAUCAUUGAGUUAGAAUUAGCUGAGAUUCUGGCCCUCCUUGACACACUUAACAGAACCACCAGCAAUUACCAUCAUCUCAUUAUAGAGACUACAGCUCAGCUUCAGGACAUGAUGGACACGAUGGUGGCGCUGGUAAAAUUUGACAAGAUGCAGGUGAUAAAGAAAGAGCACGAGAACCAGCAGAUUAAGAAAGACCUGGAAAAGUGUAAGAAUGAGCAAAAGGCCACCUUACCACCCCCUACACUUUCGCCAGGCCACUGUGGUCUGGGUCAAAUGGUCAAUGUGUCGGGACCCAAAACCUAUUCCCUCACGGCAUACGGAACCUCCUACUCUUUUGGUGCUUGGGGUAGAGAUGUAAACCCUGCUCCAGGAAAUGACAAGUACUGGCUGGUGGUGCUGUCCAGUAGUAAUGUAUAUGGCCACUACGUCCGCCAGUACAGUACUUUGAGUACUCUUUUAUUAGGUUUAGGACCUACAGAUACAUACAUAUCGAGCUCCAACCCCACAACUAACACAAUUCAGGGGCCAAACAUGGUCAUGUACGGCAAUGCGCUCUAUUAUAACUGUUACUACACGUUGUCCAUCUGUCGGUUCAACAUGACGACUCGCACUGUCAGUACUGUGGCACUACCUAAGGAUGCAGGUUACAACAGUAAGUUUCCAUUUGGAAUUCUCGGAAAAUCAUACGACUAUACCGACAUAGAUUUUGCCACAGAUGAAUCCAGUUUAUAUGUUAUAUAUGCGACUACAGGCAACUUUGGAAAUGUGGUUAUUACUAAAGUUGAGACUAGUACUACACCUGUUUUGGGCGAAACUUGGUACACUUCUCUGUACAAAGCAACAGCCACAAACACCUUCAUGGUAUGUGGUGUGCUUUAUGCGACUCGUUAUAUCGAUAAAGAAACAGAACAGAUCUUUUAUUCUUUUGACACCAAAACCAAUGAGGAGCGCUAUGAUUUGAAAAUUCACAUUAGGAAGAUGCAGCCCAAUAUUGAGUAUCUGAAUUAUGACCCCAGAGAUCACUUGCUGUACGUGUACAGUGAUGCCUACAUUGUAACCUAUGAGGUCAUGUUUCAGUAAGUUUGCAGAAAACUUUACAGAACUUUAGCAGAACAGCAUUUGCGCAUCCAAAAUCACAGUUUGUUAUAAAAAAAUAAUUGUAAUUCAUAGGUAGCUACCCAGAUGGUAUAAUAUUUCUGGUGGAUUUUUAAGGUUUUUAAAUGUAAGAAUUCAAAGAUUAUAUUAAAUUUCAAUGAAGAUAACGAAUUUAGCUAAAUGCUAAUGCUUAAUGCAAACAAUAUGCGACAAAGGAGUCUGCAUCAUCAAGAACAGUGUUGGGUUACUCAAAAAGUUAUCUAUUACAAAUUACUUCUUUACAGUUGUAAUCAGAUAACUAUAAUGAUUGUUUCACUGAAAAAUAAAUCACAUUACUAAUUACCUUAAAGUUCCUUUCUAAACACUUUUCACACAACCCAAUUAAUGUACUUAAAAUUAAUUAUUUGAAAGACUGUAAUGUAAUCUGAUUACAAGAAUUAAAAAUGUAAUGCACUACACUAUUUUUUUAAAGUAGAAAUGCAAUUUGAUUACAGUAACUAAUUACUUUACUUAGUAAUUAGAUUACAUCCAACACUGAUCAAGACACAUUUAUGAUGUUGUAUUACAUGCCAAUACAAGUGUACUGCCUUACUCCAUACUCCAAAAUAUGUACUUUCCCAUCAGGACAUACAGUUCAUUUAGUGUGUCGUAGAAGUAUGUGAAUUGUGAUGCAGCCUAUGAAUAUUAUUGAAAUGCUUGGCUUUGUUUUGUGAGUUGAUGAAAUUCACUGAUGUAUCGCAAAUUUCUUGAAAUAAAGUAUAGCAAUGGUUAUGAAA